GGUAUUUUUUACAGUACAAUGACAUUCCGGGAUACAGAAAAAGAAGUCACGAUAAAGGCGCCAUGGGGAAACAUUGCCGGUUUGACAUGGGGGGACCCUUCCAAAUCGCCUGUGUUCUUAGCGCCAGGACGUAUGGAGCCCUGUUCAGCCUUCCGUCCCCUGGUGUUGAGACUCCCCCGGGAUUUCUUUUACGUGGCCGUGGAUUUUCCCGGGAACGGGUUUUCUGAUCAUUUCCCCAAAGGUCUUCGCUUCACGACUUAUGACUUCGUACCAACGGUGGUCAAGGUGCAAGAGCAUUUUGGUUGGAACAGAUUCGCAUACGUCGGCCAUUCGCUCGGUGCUGCUGUGGGCAAGAUUUUCAACAUGGUGUACCCGGGUCGCCUGACACGUAUCGUGGACCUGGACCCGGUGCCGGCGUACCACAUCGUGGUACACUCCGACAUGGCGUCGUGGUACGCGCUCAUGUACGGCGAGCACUACACCGACGACGCGUACCGGAAACACACCGGCGGGAAAGAGAGGGCGCCACUGUACUCGUACCAACAGGCCAAAGAAAUGUUCAUGAAAGCCCAAGGCCUUACGGAGGAGGCCGCAGAUUGCAACUUGGAGCGACUUUUAGAACCUGUCGCAAACGGAUUGUAUAGAUUGACAUACGACCAAAGAAUGAAGAGCACAUUCGUGUUGCCGUACACGGCUGACAAUCUGCGAGCUAUGUACACACAGACAGACGUGCCCACGUUGGCUCUAUUGGCUCAAGACGUGGUAGCCCACCGGGUGUAUGACCAUGUACCAUUUGUGAUGGACGCGACCGCGUGGCCCAAUGGGAACUACACUUACAAAGUGGUGCCAGGGAACCAUGACGUUCAUGUCAACAAUCCGGACACUAUAGCAAACGAUGUUGCAAAGUUCUUACUUGAGGGUACUUCGAAUAAAUCUAAACUGUGAUUUUAGUUUUA